AUGAUCCCAAAUAACUUGGUUCAGAUAAAAUUUAAAAACUUUUUAUUUUUAUGUGCACACACAAAAACGCAGUUUUUUUAUAAAAUAUAUUUCGUCUCGAUAUUCUACAGAUACAUGCAGAGAAACUUUAUUAUUCACAGGUAAUUUGGUGCGUGAUAGCAUAUGCGUUACAUAGACAAUAGAGGUUACAAAAAGUAAUUUUUCAGUCCUUGCCAAUUCUAUCUUCAAUUACUAGAUAAGAACCUCGGAUAUCAUUCAGAUUUUCCUUGAGGCAUCUUUCCCUUUUCGCAUGCAAAUGAUGCAAAUCCAUAGGCGUCUGGCCACUUUUUUGAGCCUCUUCUUCUUGCUUCAUGCUUAUCAACUUAAAAAAGGCGGUGCAUGGAGCCACAGAAUCAAGAUAAACAUUUUACUGAGCUUUUAUAUUUAGCCAGUCAAACAGCUCUCUUCUAGGGUUUCCGUAUAGGCUAAGCAAUUUAUUAAAUUUCCUUUUUUCGUUCUCAAUCCCUGUCGCCUGCUGUCGGCUUUGCACAAGGGGCAAAUUCUUUGGUGUGGAGGCAAAUCCGACCCCGUUAGUCGCCAGCAGGCUCACUAGCAAUCGUAAGUUGGUGUUCUAAAGGCGGAAAGCGGAAAAACUUAUGCCUGCGCGAUUCCCCCCCUUUCUGUUUCUAACUCAUUCUCUCUUUUUCUCUGACAUUCCCGGGAGUCAACCUCACUUUCAUUCGGAUUCUUUAUUCAACAUGCUCGAAAAAGCGCCAUACAAAGACCUUUCCGAUUUCUCGGUUAUUCUAUCAUAUUACGCUUACGCCAAAUAGAUAUAUCCUUCAUGUAAUCAGCCGCCAUCGCAACCGCCCGAAGCGCCUCAUACUCAAAAGGCAAGGCUACAAAGCCAGGCCAAGAUGGCGGACGGAGGAGCACAUGUUACAGAAUUUUAUUUAAACUCUCCCUAAAGGCAAUGUCGAUCCACAAAGUUUGGUGGUCUCGCGUUUUUCCACCAGCUAGACAAAUAUUCUUGCUUGGGAAUGCCUUAGAUCGACAAUUUUUGUACCCAAGGUGUAAUAUCACAUCGGCCUCAACAAGCAUCGCGAGGUGUCUGUCUUCAUUUAGAGGUGCGAAUUUUCAGCAUGUUUCAGUUCCUUUAUAAACAUUUUAAGAUGAGCUCUUUAUAAGGCGUGGUGAAAUUCGGCUAAUUCUCUAUAUCCUUAUACUAUUUUUAUGCUUAGAUUUUUCGAUUUUUGCCCAUCAUGUUCCUUUGGGUAGCUGGGAUUGCUUGUAUAGUGGAGCGGUCAGCGUAAAACGUAGACUGCGGACUAUUGUUUUCACCAUGCAAAUGAGUACGAGACGACAAUAGUCCCAUUGUUUUCUAACCCUAAAAACAAUAGCCCGCAGUCAGUCCACACUCUGCAUUUUACACUGCCCCAUAGUUCAUAGUGGAGGGGAACAGGCAGGUGGGGCCUGGGAGAAUAAGGGGUGGAAAGGGAACAAGACACGGAGGAGGAAGGGGCAGGAAGCAGUAGGCUCUGACUUCCGGUCCCGUCCCACUGAAAGCACUCUGUGUGUAUUUUACCUUAUCAUUUCUAUCAGUAUUUUUGUUGAGAAGAUAAGCUGAUAGCACAGGCCCUGUUAGGGUAAAAUUCUGUCAAGUAACAUAGCCUUUAAACAGUGUUAUAGGACAGCAGAAAAUGUGACAAAUGACACAAAGAUAGGUUGAAACUGCAACAGCGAUGGUUUCCUCCUAUGUGAAAUGACAGGUUUCAAAAUCCAGACCAAUGUAACCUCCCUAAGAGGGCCUCAUAGCAGUAAAAAAAAUACUGUUACUGUAAUACUGAUAUGCUGAUACACUUCAUAGUAAUGUAAAGGAGAUGUGGUCAAGCUUAUGGCUCAGUCAAUUCCCAGCGUGCCCAUUCCCCCCCUCCCCCUAGGCAUUUCUCAGGCAUUUGUCAUCAUGUCAGUCCUGGCAGUCGGGAUUUGUCAGAAAACCUCUGCCUGGAGGUGGGGCAUUUGUCAAUUCUUCUAGAAAAGGCUAACGUUGUUCCUUUUUCAAUACUUCACUUAAAAAUAUACCUAUUUAGAUAGCUUUAGAUAUUUAUUUCUACAAGGCAUAUUUUUAAUACUUGUGCUUUCAAAAGAUUGAUAUAGGUGGUUUUUGCUCUGUCACAUCCCUCCACAGUAUUUUUUUGCAUCCAUCUAAGAAAUUGCUUCCCACUACCGUGAUCACUUUGAACAUCGAGGAAAAAAAAAUCAAUGUAUUGUUUGGGGGGUGUGGGGGGGGGGGGGCAGGGGGAUGAGCACUGACUGAGCCAUUAGGAAACCGUGGUCUAAGGAACUAAACACACCAUAGUCAGCAAGAUAAAUUGUGCAUGGAAAUUUCUCACCCUCUGCAGUAAAGUUUUAAAUCUCAAGUGUCUUGCAUGUGAGAAGUCACCACUGUUGCUUAAGCAGGGGAUUGUUAACUGAAUUCACUGUGGCGAUGUCUGUAGUGGACUCACCAAAGCUUUUCAUCUUAAUUGUUCACUAUCGAUAUUGACUUAAUCACUUAGUAUUAUCUUUUAUUUUUCUUUUUAGUGAGGAAAAGAUUUUAUAAAAAAGCUGGAAUUCAAGAAGCAGAGGGUAAGAAAUUAAGGCAUCGCAUUAAAAUGCAGCAUGAAUAUGCCUUGGUAAAAUAAAAUAACUUUUAAAUCUGUUGUAACCAAAGGUGGCUUUCAGAUCACAGUGGAUAACAAAAGAGUGAAGACUCCAGCAGGGAAUCCAUUGAUUGUUCCUACCAAGCCACUUGCCAUGGCUGUUGCUGUUGAAUGGAAUUCACAGAAGGAGACUAUAAAACCUGAAAACAUGCAUCUGGUAUGGUAACAACGACAUUGACCAAAAAUGUUGCACAGUGGUCGUCAUCCAUCCUACUUAAAUGACUCAGAAUUUCCUUUGAUGCCAGACCCUAGUUAUUCACAGAAAAUUCUGGUUUAACCUAAAAUGGAUUUUAUCUGGUCACAAUCUGUCACGAUCACAAUCAGUCACAAUCCCAGGGGUAACCUCAUGUAUUUUUUGGGGGAGAGGGCAGGAUGAAAGAGGUCUGAAUUAGUUUUUAAGUUUACACUGCUUAUUAUCCCUGCUGGUGAAACUCAUUACCAAAAAAGCUGAGAAAUCCUUGAUUAUUCUUCCCUAUGCAAGGUAGUUUAUACAAGUAAUCUUGAGUAAUCCCCACCGCACCCUGUUCUUACUCUCAAAACAAAAAACAGUAGAGAUGAUGCCCUUUUAUUGGGCAGGGUCAUUAUAGCAUGAGCCCCCAAAAUCAAAUUCUCUCAUUGCCCUGAAAACUGCCAGUAUAUGUAAAAAUAUUGAUAUCAAAUGUCAUGCACCUUUCAUGCUUUGUUAUGCAGCCCAGUCUUGAUGAACUGACCAAAAAUGACAAUAUUCUGAUUUAAAAAAUUACAGGGCUGUACUCUAGCAGUGCCAAGUUGCCCCCAGCACCUUUCUUUAGCUCUUGGGUUUGUUUCUUUGGCUUCUUGAUGUGUUCAUAGCAUCAGGUUCUCUUCAAUUUUUCUUAGAGUACAGCCUUGAAUUAUAAAAUUAUCUCCUCUCUUACUCAGACAUCUCUUAGCAACACUGUGAUUGACAAUCCACAAACAAAAGCACCUGAUGAGCAGAUCUUACAGAUUUUGGAGUAUCUCAAUUCUGAUACUGUAUGGUAUGUAAGCUCUGUGUUACAUUUUUUCAAAUUGCAUUGUGUGUGGUCAGUUGAUGGUAGGAAACUCCUGUCAUUGAUCUGACUGGUCAACAAAGUUUUGAUGUUAUUGGCCAUCUGACUCAGUUAAGCUGUGGUUUUAUAAGUUGUGAAGACUCUAAAAUGUGAGCAGUGUAUUUCAAUCUUUUUUUUUUGGUUGGUGUAACAUUGGUUGUUUUAUUGUUGGUCAGUGUAAAUUGUUGGGUUUUGUUCAGUCAAUCUAUAUAUUCCGUCAGUUUUUUGGUUAUUAAAUAGUUUGUAAGGUGCUGGUAAUGGUAGACUUGCAUCCAGCUGUAGUUUUUCUAAGUGAGCUUUACUAAAGUGAGUGGUUGGAAAUAGUUUGUAGAAUAAGGACUGCAUUCAUCAGAGCCACUGUCAUCAUGAUGGUUUGUUUGUAAUAAUGAUAUUAAAAAGGAAAAUUUGCUCAUGUUUAUUUCUCUCCCCUUUCAAGUGUAAAAAUACAUUUUGCAGCAUUAUGCUGGGGUAAUCCAUGCUUUCACCCUAGCCAAAAACAACUUGCUCCAAAAAUCAGUUUUGUGUAGCUCAAAGUUGGCAUAAAUAUUUUGGGACAUUCAGGGGCACCUAAUGACUAUUUUCCGUAAAAUAUCUCAUCGGAGAAGCAAAAUUUUCCUAGAAUUUUCUAUAGGUCCAGGAAGGCUACAAAUUUCUAGAUGAUCGUUCCAUUCAUGUACAAUUUUCGAAGUUUAUCUAAUAAUUCCCUACGAUUUUGUAAAGUUUAAUUUUUGCGCAUUUCACUCCCCUGGUUAAGCUAUUUUUCAUAGAAGAAGGAAGCCUAAAAUCUUCGAAUUCAAGAGUGCGAUGGAGAGAUUAAUCAGAAAAAUCCUUACUUUCGUAAAACUUUGAAUUGCAUCUAAAAUUUUCGGGAAAAUAAUACUGAAGCCCUUAGUGUAAUUUCGAAAAGGCUCAAGUUGCCCUCAGUAGGAUGACCAUACUGAUAAAAAUUUUAUAGCACCGGUCGCUCAGAGUGCAUUUCUAGAGAUUUAAAAGUACUCUGGAAAACCUAAAAAGUGCCGUUUUCAAUGUAUUAACCCUUUAAGUCCCAAAAGUGACCAACAACAAUUUUCUCCUAACAAUAUCCAUACACUGUCAAGAAAUAAAGUUAUCAGAAUUUAUAAAAUGAUCAUCAUAGAGAAAAUUCCAUGAUCUUUUAUCAAAUUCUCUCAACUCAUUCAUGAAGGAAAUGUAUGGAGAUCAGUUUGGAGAAUUUGUAUGUGGAUAUUGGGGCUUAAAGGGUUAAGAUGGAAACCGUGGUUCGGUGCCCCUGGACAUUGAAGGAGCACAUCACAUUUCGUCUGAUGCUAUUGCCUUUGUUGUUAAUAACGCUACGUAACUGGGAUACUUUAUUGCAGUUUCUUCGCUGAUGAGCCAAAGGAGUUAGUGGAUCUGCAAAUGGAAGAAUGGAAACCUCUUGUUGAAUGGUUUGGUGAAAGGUAUGUGUCAAAGAGCAUACGAGGCAUCCACCGUAUUCAGCAUUUUUUUUUUUGGCACUGGAAAAUUUUACUGGGCUUCUUCUUUUAAUGACGUUGGCCAGCCUUGUUUUGUAAUCAUCUUUUGUGAAAUUUAAAGAAGCCCUUUUUACACAUCAUAGUUUUAUUACCUGCGAAUAGUAGAUACUUUUGCUUUUUAAAGGAAAUGUUCCACGGGACGAUCUCAACGAUGAUUUCCAGCGCAACACUCGCGCUUUCGCGCGUCCGAAUUUAACGCCUGCCGCUCAGGCUAUAAGCGUAACACACCGUCGGUUUUUUAACGUUGGCAACAAACGCGUUUCGGUGGAUGAUUUUUAGCGCAACAAAGGUAGCAAUGAGGGUCUGGGAAGUUGUUGCGCAGAAAAUUGAUGAUUAGAAUGACUUUUGAGGGAGGAGGGUGGAGGGUAUAGGUGAUUUGGUUUGGGUAAGAAUUUUUUUUCAUAAACCUUUGGUGAUAGAAUUAUUUUCCUGACAUGCAACAGUGUAAGAUUUUUUUUUCCAGCUUUAUACGCCAUGAAAGAUAUUUUUCUUUCAUUCUAGGAAUUUUUUUUUCGCCAGGUAUUUCCUCGCAAGAAUUUUUUUCCCUCGAAAUCAGUCUGCAGGACAUAUUUACACCGAAAUCACCCAUACCCCUUUUCCCCUCAAAAGUCAAAUGGUCGGCCCUUUACAUGAAAUAGCUUGGGCAGAAUUCGUGAGCUAGCACGUUGCAAGUUAUUGACUCUUGUUCAAAAACUUUGUGCGGAAAAUUGUGCAGAAAAUUGUCCGCACAUUUAUGUUACAAUGCAUCAACUUUCAAGGCAAUGUUGUGGCCCAAAAAGUCGUCGCUGUAAAUCGUCUUGUGUAGCAUCACUCAGAGUCGUUUUGCUAUUUUUGGUUUACAGAUACCGUGUUUCGAUACAACCAACUACUGGUUUACUGAUAGCUCUACCAGAUGAAGCUAUUGACAGACUAAAAGAUCAUCUCUCACCUCUGAACAAGUGGUCUCUAGCUGGUCAGUGUCACGUGAUUUCCUUACUUUUCUUUACUUUUCAGCGGUUUGGGUUGAGUGUUUGAGGAUUGAUUUAUUUGCAUUGGAAGAUCGGAAAUUUCGGCCGCUGUACAGCUCACUGUGGUGGAAAAAUUUCUGAAAGAGGUGAAAAUCCUCAGACGAAUAAUUCCUCUUUUUCGCUCCAUUCGCAAUUCCAGAAUUAUUUCUGUACCAUCGUCCGAACUACGCUCAUCCGGCGACCCUUCUUCCACUCUAUUGUGACAUGCCUUUUCCAGGAAACUAACGUAGUUUCCGGUUUGAGUGGAAUUUGGCAAUAAUAAAAGUCUAUUUGUUUACCAUUUUACAGAAAAUUUCCCGUAGCCUGUUUCAGGCGCUCAGAUAGUAGACCGCGGGAGAAAAUUUGACGGAGGGGAAAAAAAACGAGGGGAGAAUAGAGAGGGAAAGCGGGGGAUGGCCCCCAUUCUUCCCUUGUUUUUCCGCCUCUUUUUCCCCGCGUACGUUUUAACUUUCUCCCCACCAUCUGAUCCCCGCGCUUUACUAUCUGAACGCCUAGAACAGGCUUAAUUUCAAGAAACUCUGCUUGUAAAUGGAACGCGACUUUUUAAGUCCAGGGGCACCCAAUGGAUCUGUUCCUCAAAAUAUCUGUUCUUCAUGCAAAUUUUUGCUGGCUGGGAGAUGUGGAAGAAAUAAUAGUCCUUGGAAGGAAAGUGUUGCUGGGAAAAAGAUAAUUCAGGGUGUCAGAGGGGAUUUGAAGUCUAGAAUAGCUGCUACGGCUUACUUGUAUGGGUUGCUCACCACUCAAGAUCUGAAUUGUGCCCUAUGAAACUUCCCAGUAAUUCAGGUUGCAGGUUAUAAGGUUGCUGGCUGGGAACUCUUCCAUCAGUCUUGCUGGGAGUGAGGAACAGAUAACUUUUCCAGCAAUCUCCCAAAAUGCUUAAAAUAGUCUCAGAAAACUUUAUUCACGCUUUGUUGUUGUUUUUAGGUCUUUUUCUCAAAAUUUCCCGUUGGGUGCCCCUGUAAGUCUAGCCUGCUUAGCUGGCGGUAUCGCUCACGGCUGGGGAAGGGGCAACGGAGGGCAGCUCAUUCGGUCAUAUUUUUUCAGCCAAUCAAACCAAACCGAACAAUACGUUUUCUCGAGGCCAAGAAAUUUGUUAAAGUCAGUGCAAAGGCAAACACUAAUAAACACCCUUUCCUAGUUAGAGACCGGCUGGAAUUUGUUAUCUAACCAAAUUAUUGAAAAACAAUCAGAGGAGGCUUUUUAAGAAGGCCUUCAUGUCAUGAGUUACGUGAAUAACACUGAACCCGGACACUUUUUACACUCGUCUUGCACCUACAAUCAGGGAUGGUUAUUAACCUGUGUCACGUAGCCCCGGUUUGCCCCCACCCCCCCCCCCCCACCCUCCCUUUUCCCUCCCCAAUUGUAUAUUAGCUCGUUAUGUCGAAUGUCGCGGCCAACAUUGGAAGGGAAGAGGGAGAAAAGGUCGACCAAAAUUGUAAUGUCACGCGUUGUAGUUUUGUUUUUAAACUUUUGAACCGCGCAAUUGCACAUACACGGUGAUUGGCUAUGUCCUUUGCAGAUUACACAAUUAGAAUUAGAAUUGAAGUCAUUGAACCUUACUGCUAUUAAGUGUACAUUAGUAGUCAAUUAUGGCAACCAGAGUACCAGAAGUAGAUGAUCAAUUAUUCAAACAAUUUCUAUGCAGGGCUAGAAUUUGCAGUGGAAACACUGAAGUCGUUCAUCCUUGCUAUGGCCCUUAUUGACAAUCGUCUCAAUGUGGAAAAAGCUGUUUCCCUCUCAAGAUUAGAGCUUGAGUUUCAGGUAGGUGUUUUGAAAUAACUAUUAUAUUAUGUACAUAUAACAGACAUUUAUACUACACUGAACAGUAAGGCCGCGGGAUCCAUGGGUGAUCAUUAUAAGGUUAUGGGAAACUGCCCACCUACCCCUCCCCUAAGCCAACAUUAACACUUACUUUUCACUUAGGACAAAAUGUUGGCUUAAGGGAGGGGUAGGUCGGGCAGUUUCCUAGAAACGUAUUGUGAUACCCUUGGGGAAAGGCUUACUGGUCGUUUAAUACGGGUUUGACCAACUCAAAGGGUUAUUGAAAAAAUUGAGAUAAUGAAGAAGAGCGAAAUAUUUGUGCCACGACAAAUUGACCUCAAAAUGUUUCUAUCUCUUCUUGUGCCAAAGAAAAGAAGUAAACCGUAAAAGACCGCUGAGCGUAAUACACAGUGUUAGUAUCUGUUGCACUGUAUGGUACAUGGCAUCUUCCUUGCCGUUAAAUACAGCUGGAGACAAUAGAAAAUAACUCGUUGGAAUCUCGCAAAAGGUGACCGCGACCGCUUAAUACAGGUCUGAAGUAAUUAACGGUUUCCGCGACUUUGAUAAGUGACCGCUUAAUAGAGGAUGACCGCUUACACAGGAUAUUAUGACUCGAGGCACAUAUACAAAUUUGCCGGCGAUCUCUUGCACGUUACACUUUAGCUUGCAAAUUGGGGGUCGCAAACACGAUGGAUCUGAAAAUGUCGUCGUGAUCUUCAUUUCAAUUCAAUUCAAUCUUUAUUUGCUAUACGUACACUGCAUUAGGUGUAAAAAACACGAGAAAGUGUAGACCUUUUUUGGUUGACUAGUAAGGAAAUAAAGAAGCCUUCUUUUGAAGGACGAUAGGUCAGGUUUUCUACUGUUGGCGGCCGUUCUAAGAGUACAGUGAACUUUUGGAUACUCUUACUCUUUGUACACCAGCCAGGCGUGAAGACAGUACUUAUAAGCGUAACUGGAGUUGAAUUGUGUCUAGAAUUCAGGGGCGCCCAACGACUGUUUUCUGUAAAAUAUCUGUUCUAUAACUUGAGGAAGGCUAAAAAGUUCUAGACGACCGUUCCAUUCAUGUACUUUUUUUCAAGCUUAUCUAAUGAAUUCCCUAAGAUGGAUGGAGGAAUCAGAAAAAUCUUUACUUUCGUAAAAUUUUAGGUUGCAUCUAAAAUUUUCGGGAAAAUAAUACUCAAGCUUUUGUAAUUCGUAAAGACUCAAUUUGCCCUAGGAUUACCGAAUAGAUACACAUUUUAUAGCGCCACUUAGAAUGCAUUUCCAGAGAUGCAAAAGUACUCUGGAAAGCCCAAAAAGUGUUUUCAAUGCAUUUGUAUAGGUAAUAGCAUGAUUUCUAGUGAUAUUUCGAAAUCGUUUUACGCAAUUUCACAAGCCGUUAGGCAAGUGUAAUUUGAGACAAUUUUGAAAUAUCACAAGUGGUAUUUAUGCCAAAUAUCACGUACAAAUCAUGCUAUUAUUUGUUUAUACUACUACCCACAAAAGGUUCGUAAUUUUCACUUGUAGGUAUUUCAAAUUAAGCGGAAAUACCACUGCUCUAAGCCAAUCAAAUUGCAGAAUUUUCUCAUGUAGUAGCAUGAACGAGGAAACCGUCGUUAGGUAUCCCUGAGAAUUUUCUGCGCACGCUCCCGUCCAUAUUUGACGUGAGCCUGUCUUUGGCACAUCUUUUUUUCACCAUCACCUUUUUUCUGCUUUCAAGAUUUUGCAUGUAAAACGGUCGCAGUUGCUUGAGCGAGUUUUGUCGUGCUUUGCUUUUGCUGUGCAUUUGUUUUUAUAUUUUGUCCCAAGUCGUGAUUACGUUCCCGGAAUAUCCCGAUUUUGUUGUGGUUAUUUUACUGUAGAUUAGUCGUUGGGGAAGCGUAGAGUGGGCGCAUGACUUGGAGCUGAUGGAAACUAGAAGUAGAGUAGCUGCUGCAGCCUUGUUUUACAGUCUUAACGACAGACACAGAACAUUGUCUACGAACCCUUGAUCUUAGACACCCCGGCACCCAAUAACAUUGUGGCACAGCUUCUGAUAAGGACAUAAAGGUGAUCUGGCCCCAGUUUUUCAAAAGCUAGAUAGCACUAUCCACCGGAUGAAUCACUGUCCAUUGGAAAACCAAUUGCGCUAUCCAGCGGAUAAUGAUUUAUCCGGCGCGGAUAGUGCUGUCCACCCUUUAAACAACUUUCGACUGACCUGGAAACAGAAAUAGUUAAAGAAAGAAACUAGGGGAUGAGUGAUGCUUGGAUAGCAACCUUACUCUUCCCUGAGACAUUUUAACCCUUCCGCUAAAUUGAAGACUUCCUCUCGGCAAGGAUGUUUUUCUUUUAUCUUAUAUUUUACCCUAAAUUUGUAAGGUAAAGCGUGUUGCGAUCGUUUAAUAAAGUCAGUGGAUAUCUAUAUUCAGCCAACGAAAAUGAGGCAAUGAGAUUUUAAGCGGACUGAGGCUGACGUACCAGUUUUAAGAGUCUAGUAAGCCUGAAAAUUACUCUCAAGCGAAGCAAAAGAAACUGAAAAGAGAAAAAGGAGAAAAAGGGAUGAGGAACUGCGAACUUGAGG